UUGACGUAGAUCCCAAUAACACGGAUUGAUGCACGAUCACCCUCCUGGUCCGGGCGCCCGAACUAUUUCCUCAUUCACCUGUGACUCAUUUGCCAGACCCCGAGCAUAACAAAAACAAUCCUCCGCAUUGCUUCAAUCCAGCACGACGUAACCAAUGGUCUUCUCCGAGAAUCCUCUCAUCGCUCAUCACACGGUAAUUCUCGAUGCAUCCAUUCCUCUUCCCGACGAUGAUGAUCCAGCCCUGCUAAUCUCCCCUGGCAGCGCGGGGACCCCAUGGCAUCCGACCGCUAUACCUUGUACUAUUCGCCCGGCGCAGCCAGUUUGUGCGUGCACUGGCUGCUGAUCGAGGCCGACUUGCCCUUCGAUGCCGUCCUCGUCGACUUUUCCACCGGGGUGCAGCGUACAGAGACGUAUCGACAGUUAAACCCGACCGGCCGUGUCCCCACGCUGAUUGUGGAUGGUGAGGCUCGUGGAGAAUGCACGGCUCUGUUAAUGCUGCUCGCCGAGCGUCAUCCCGACCGUGGGUUGAUGCCCGCAGUGGGCGCGCCCCUUCGGGCUCUGUGGCUGCAGACGAUGAUCUACCUGGCCAACACACUUCUCCCCGCGAUGCGCGACUGGUUCUAUGCCGACCAGGACGGUCCGGCCGAAGGGGCGGCGGCGGUGCGCGGUUUGGCCCAGCGACGGAUCGAGGGGGCCUGGGAUUUACUGGAUGUGCGCUUGCGGGGAUCCGCCAAUGCCCCUGGAUUACCCUUGACUCCGGAGAAUAAUCCCAAAUACCUGGUGGGGGAUACCUUGAGCACGGUGGACUUUUUGGCAGUGAUGCUGAUGCGAUGGUCGCGCGAUAUGCCCCGACCGGCCACCCAUUGGCCCCACCUGGCCUCGUACGUCGAUCACUUAACGGCCUUGCCCUCCUUUCACGACGUUUGUCGUCGUGAAGGUUUAUCCAAUUGGCCCGCCGUCCGGGGAUCAGUGAGGAGGGUCUGGCAGAGUACGGAGUAAUUCCGGGAGAAAUGAGCUAUCUAGUUUGGAGGAGGACAGGAGCCUAUCUAUCCAGCUUAAUUGGUCUUUCUAUUAAACCUACCACGGCCACCACGGUACUUCUGAAUGCGCGUCAACGGGAUGCAGGGUUUGGCAGGUACUCCGUAGUAACCCGAGUCAGUGAGAUUACGGCGUAAAGAUUGUGUGGAGAUUGCAUCGCAC